UGUUCCAACUCGUGUAUUUUAAAAUGGAAGCUCUCCUGUCUCUAGGCUAAUUGUUUCUUGGCCAGCUAUCAUGACAUCCCUAAGUUACUCAUGUAUCGCGCAUGCCUUAUCGUUUAUUGACCCCCUCAAUCUCAAAUGCUCAUCCGCAUUCUGUGUCGCGCUUCUUUCAUUUCAGUGCAGCACAGAAGAGACUAUGCGAUAUUUGAAUACGUGAGCAAACAAAUUCUUAGCGGAGAGACGGAUCACAAAGCACACAUUAACCUCGGCGGAUACCAUAUGUCUCCCUCCUCAGCUCGUACCGUUAACAGGACUCUCGGUAUCAAUGAUAGUCGAUUCGAAGACAGUCACCUGGACACCCCGAUCAACAACUGGCUUGCAGAAAAUAAACCGGAUGUUCUGGGUUCAUGCCUCACUUGGGUGCUUGACCCCCAUAUCGGUCGUGUGUUCUUCUUCACCCAUUUUUGUGACUCAAGGGAGCAGCUAGAAGAAGACGAGGAAGAUCUGCGGGUCAAGAACUGGCUACAGGAGAAUGGCGCCACUGGUGUGGAAUGGAUAGCCUUAUAUGACAAGUAUGGCUUCACUCGCUUCGGGUUGCGACCUUCCUCAAUGCCGAGGGACUGGGUGGUUGAAGAAAUGACGGUCGAAAAGUAUCUGUCUCGGAAUCGCAGGAAACUUGUUAGCAAGUAGUGUGAGGUU